CGUAGACUGUCAGAUACUGCAAUAUGGUUAAAUGACAGAUUAGAGUUAAGUAAAAUAGUAUGUAAAUGCACUAUUAAAAUAGUACUAUGUCAAAGUCAUAUUUUUGCAGCUCUAAACUCAUUAAUAUAGCAUUUUAAAAAUGUCUUUCAAUACGUGGUAGCAAACUGUUAACAGCUGGCAUUAAACGUUUUAUGUAUUACGUCUGCCCCAGCGUUUGUUUACUUUUGAAAGAGGUACUUUAAGUACUGCUUUAAGCUAAACUCAUCCGGUGAACAGUCAUCGCAUGAAGUAGACAUUUUGUGUUUCAGUCAUCUUUUCAGGUAUGUCGUUGUUUGUUAAUUUCUUAAGCGGUGGGCAAAGGGUGAAAAACACGGCUUGCCAUCCGACGGAGAUCGAUGAGUUUACAGAAAUAGAGGAGACGCUGACCAAGAAGACAGAAUUUCUCAAGAAAAAGAUCGACCUGGAACUUUUGAAUGUCAAGAAAAAUAUAAAAAACAGAAGAGUGGCUCUGCAGGCGCUGAGAAGAAAGAAGUGGUACGAGAAGCAUCUGAAGCUCAUCAACUGUGCUGUUAAGGCCAUGAAAUCUGCUCACGAACACAUUGAAACCUUCAACAAAGUGAACGAUCUGAUCAAGGACAUCCCAAAAGAGGAGGCUGCCGCUCAAGACAUGUCAAUCAAUCUCUUAUCAUCUAUAAACCAGGAAGUGGAAUUUGAUGAGGAUGACCUGCUGGCAGAGCUGGAGAGGCUGGAGAAAAGUCUGGAUGAGAACUUUUCUGAUGCCGAUACAGCCGAUGGUGUAGUCCGUUGUUCCACAUCACCGCCCCAGCCUUCUGAGAUUGAGGAAGAUGAGAUUGAAGAUGCCUUAGAGUAUCUGCGACGCUGGGCGAACGAUCAGAUUCAGCUUGGUGGUGUUUAAGAGAGGAGGAAAGCACAGGAUGGAAUAAACAGGCAGCGGUAA